AUGGAGUUUGAAAAGAGAGAGGACAAAGAUGGUGUUCGGUUGUCUUGGUCCUCAGUGCCAAAAUCUAGGUUGCAAAACAAAAGAAAUGUCAUACCAUUAGCUGCUUUGUAUACGCCGAUGAACGACAAGAGCGAAACAGAGGUGGUUGAUAAAUCUUUUUUGGUUAGUUGCAGGACUUGUCGAUCAAUCAUUAACCCUUAUGUCCAGAUAGUUAACAAUACCCAGUUAUGGAAUUGCCAGUUCUGCGGCACCUCAAAUCAACUUCCUCCCACAUUCAACGCGCAAGGCGAGCCGGUUUUGCAUCCAUCUUUGAACCCGGGAUCGACAACUAUUGAGUACCAAACUGGGAGACAUAGCUCUUUACCACCGGUGUUUUUUUAUGUUGUUGACACUUGUUUUGAGGGUGACGACGUAGAAUCGGCAUUUGAGCAACUCAAGGAGAGCUUGAUCAUAUCACUCAGUUUGCUUCCCGAAGAUGCUCUUGUAGGGCUCAUUACUUUUGGCAAACAUGUUAGUGUACAUGAUCUUACAUCGAACGAUAAUAUAAGCCACACAUUUAGUGGCUCUAAGACAUACACCUUGGAGAAGGUUCAAUCUAGUCUUGGUAUAUUGGGCUCGGAAUUGAGUGCUGCAGGAUUGAAACACGCCACGCAAAAUGGGAGCCAGUUGCCCAUUGGCAAUGCUGCGAGGAGAUUUGUCCAACCACUCAAUCUAGUUGAGUACCAAUUAACAAGUAUUUUGGAAAACCUUGUGUGCAAUUCUUUCCCAAGAAACAACUUUAGUGAACGUCCAGAAAGGUGUACUGGUUCGGCAAUCAAUGUUGCGGCUUUGCUUUUGAAGAGUAUCUUUGGAGAUGCGCAUCUAACAGGUGGGCACUUGAUGGUGUUUAUGUCAGGGGUCUGCACGUUGGGGCCUGGUAAAGUUGUAGACAAACAUUUGAAGACGCCUUUGCGAUCACACCAUGAUAUCAUCAAGUCGCAAAGUGUAUCAAUUCCAUCUGCCACCAGUACAUCAAAGAUAUCCAAGUUUGAUGUUUCUUUGCUUAAGGAGUGUAAGAUGUUUUAUCAUGGUAUAACAAAAUUGUUGAUCGGCCUUGGACUCAGCUGCGACCUUUUCAUAGGUAGUUAUGAUCAAGUGGGGCUUUUUGAGAUGGAUGAGGUUUGUUACAAAACAGGAGGAGCUGUAGUUAUGAGUGAUUCCUUUGCCACGGCAAUAUUCAAGCAAAGUUUUAUUAAAUUUUUUAAAAAGAAAGAAGGGGAGCAAGAACAAGAACAGGAACAGGAACAGGAACAGGAACAGGAACAAGGGUUUGGUUUAUUGAAUAUGGCAUUCAAUGCCACUUUGGAAGUGAAAGCUGCUACUGAUAUCAAGGUUGAGGGUCUUAUAGGUCAGGCAACAUCUUUGCCAAUAAACAAGACUACCCCAGCAAAUGCAAGGAUGGUUGCCGAGACUGAUGUUGGUGAGGGAAAGACGAAUUCAUGGAAGCUUUGCAGCUUAAACCCGAAAUCAACAUUUGCCAUUUACCUUGAUAAAUUGGAUAGCAUGACGACACAAACGACUUAUAUACAGUUUCUUUUACACUAUCAACACCCGACUGGGGAAAUAAGAUUGAGGGUGACUACCGUACCUAUAAAUGUUCUUCCAGAUUCAGAUAAUGUCAAUUUGGAGUUUGGUUUUGACCAAGAAGCAGCUUUGGUGCUAGUUGCGCGUAAAGCAAUUGAAAAGCUUCGAAUUGACUCGAUCCACAAGAAAUUUGCUACAAGCGCAGCGAUUAUAAAGGAGUUGGACGAAGAAAUGAUUAGUUUCUGCUCUAGGUUUGGUGUCUUUACGCAAGGCAUGCCUGAUUCUUUUAGAUUAUCAAGUGCAUAUUCCUUGUUUCCACAAUUCAUUUACCACUUGAGGCGGUCGCCAUUUAUCAAUGUUUUUAAUAGCUCGCCUGAUGAAACUAGUUAUGUCAGAACGUUAUUCAUGCAUGAAGAUUUGGCCAACUCAUUACUCAUGAUCCAACCAUCGUUGCUUUCCUAUGAUAUCAACACAUGGGGCUCCUCGACAGAUGGGAAUGAUUUACUGGAGCAAGAACAAGAGCCCGAACCGGUCCUUUUGGAUUCAGCAAGUUUGGGACAUUCAAAGAUUCUUCUUCUUGACACUUUCUUCCAUAUUUUAAUACAUCAUGGUUCACAGGUUGCCGAUUGGAGAAAUGCUGGGUACCAUGAGCAAGAAGAGUAUGCGCAUUUUAGAGAUUUUUUGGAAGCACCCAAAAGAGAAGCAUUGGAAAUAUUGUCAGAGAGGUUCCCCUUACCGAGAUUUAUAAACUGUGACGAAGGUGGGUCGCAAGCGAGGUUCUUAAUGGCGAAAUUGAAUCCAAGUACUAGUUAUGCCACUAAUGUAAACCACUUUUACGGAACAGGGGACAGAAUGGAUGUGUUCACCGAUGAUGUUAGUCUACAACUGUAUAUGGACCAUGUGCAGAGAAUUAUCACAUCGAAGAAAUGA